CGUUAUCGUUUCUAUGAGCUUCUUGAAAGCUAAUGGCUGCCGAACCCACUAAUCGUGAAACAGCUGAUGUGCUUCUCUUAUUCGUAAUAAAUUAGUGUUUUAUCUAGUGUGUUAUUAAAAUUAUACAGAUUAGAUGAUCCGUCACUUGUGCUUUAACUAUAUGCGACGUACAGGAUUGUUGGCCUUUUCAGAUGUCACUGACCAUACAACAAAUAAUUUUGGACGCUAAAAGACUGGCUGGCCGUCUAAAGGAGCGUGAGACAGAAGCUGAUGCUCUGCUAACCGAAACUCAAACAGCUUACAGACAAAUUAGCACUAUGAAACAGUACAAAGAAGAAGUAGAUACUCUUAAUGAGGCUUCGAGGGAAAGACCGAGAGGAGAAUUAAUCGCAAGUAUAGAAAGGGAAUCUCGAUUGAUGAGAGACGUUCAGCGGGAGAAUGGGGAGCUCAGAGCGGCAUUGGAAGAUCACAGGAGAGCAUUGGAGUUGAUCAUGUCAAAGUACAGACAACAUACAGAAAAGAGAGUAUGGGAGUCGAGGAUAGACUUCACAGCUGCUAUUAAUGAGAAGCAGCAAGAGUUAAUUCGCCAGCAAGCAGAGCGUAUUAAUGAAAUGACAAGUAUAAUGUACAAAGCAGUCAACAUGGAUGCUCAUGGUGAUUCAAGGAAGGAAGAGGAAUUAUACCAAAGGCUUAUUACAGAGAAUAAGGGUCUCCGCGAGAUGCUCGACAUCUCGCGGCGGUACGGCUCGGACAAGGCGUACGCGCCGCCCACUGAGGACAAGGACGUGCAGACGGACGGGCCGCCCAUGUCGGGCGCGUGACGACCCGCGCUCGACACGUGCCGCCUCUGAACGACCAACCAUGCACCUCAUACCAUACAUGUGAACGUUCUCUCGUGACACUGACAUUUGUGCGACAAAUCUCAUGUGUGUGACCGGCUCCACUACAUUCAAGGCCCCAUACCUAUCCCCGUUAUGAACGGUAUUAUUGAAUCAUUUCUCUAUUGGUUGUAUUUAAUGUUUGUUAUUCAUUGUACUAUCUAAAUAUAUUUUCUGUCUGUGCUCAGAGAUCAUGAUGAAGCGCCUUUGUUGAAAUUUCCAGAUGUGAUGAAUGUUUGAUUAAUACUUAUGGCAUUACUGUGAUCUUUAGAAUGUACAUUAAGUAUGACAUGCUACUAAUGCCAACUUAACAUUUAUUUAGUGUCUGGUAUAGAUAUUAAUUGAUCUUAAAUUAAUAUCUCCCAAUUUUAAUGUAGUAACAAAUUCAAAACACUUUAUUUGUCACAGAUUUUGUAUGUUUUCAACGUUUUCAAUAUUGUCAUUUAAAGCAGGGGCACAGAGACAGAAACAACAUAAAUGUACAUGUAUUUUUUUAUAUAAUAUUAUUUCUGUAAAAAGUCCCUAUUAAGAUACUACAUUAAAAUUGGUAUACCUCUACAUGGAAAUUAAGUAAGAUGUUUUUAUAAUUGCCACUAUAAUACUGGGGUAAAACUUCUAAAUUUCAUACUUUGCAAUCUCUACAAGCUAUUAAAUAUAUCUAGUAAAUUAACAUGUAUUAGAUGUACUGUGCUAUUUAGACAAUAUGAUAAUAAAUUGUAUAGUUUAUAUUGCAAAGAAUUUCAACUUUACUUUCUCAUUCAGUUCAGUAGAUAUUAAAGUUAAGAUUUAGUAGUAUAUUCAUAAUGUUAAAAUUUAUAACUCAGUAGAUUAUAGUUAGUAGAUUUUAUGAAGUAAGUUUAUUCAGAUCUAUGUCGUAGUAAGAUAUUAUUAAAACAAAGGAUCAGCAGCACCCAUGAAACUUUUUCUGACAAUUUUUUUUUUCAUUUUCCUUUUUAAUCGAAAGAGAGCUGUGCAAUAUGCAUAUCAUGACAAACACAUUGAUAACUUAUAACUCAAAUAAUUCUUGAAAGAGUAUAUAAUAUAACCGAUUGAGAGAGUAAUCUGUUUAUCCUUGCCUUACUACGACAUACAAUUCAUACAAAACGUACAGUUAUGGAAGCAACGAGGGCACAAUCAAAAGUUUUGUACUUAGGAGACAACCAUUUUAAAACUGGGAAUCUUCAAAUCAGCGCAGAAUUAAUAAUAUUUAAAUGUUACUCCGCUCGUGGCUUCAGCCGCAAAGAAGAAAUCUUGCCUAAAAUUUCUCAAAUACUAAAACAAUUCUCGAGAACCUCUAUGCAAAUAGCCACUGAUGAAAACAGAAUGAAAUCUAGUUUUUGAGUACCGAAAUCGCGAACAAAAACGGCUGAAGAUUUUGUUAUGUGAUAUGUAGUGAUUUAUUAUGAUCUGUUAGAAACAACUAACAAUAAUUAAAUUUAUUGCAUUUUUCACAUGAUUCCAGUUUUAAAAAGUAACUAAGAAGAGAUUCUCGAUGUAUUUUAAUAGCAGAAGGGUGGUAUAUAAUUAAUCUUGUAC